UCUUCCAAACCGAUAGUUUUUAUCCGCUAACAAUUUUAGCGCUCAAUUGGAAGAAAGCAUAGAGCACCGGGGUCGAUCGAUUUUCCCACGCAGGGGUGCUGUCAAUUGUCAGAACCACACAUCCCAUAAAAGAGCCCUUAACGUAGCCUACCACCCCGAACGUCCCACCACCCCCACCCGCCCACAAGAUGUCCACCCCCUCCAAACGCCGCCUCAUGCGCGACUUCAAGCGGCUCCAAACCGACCCCCCAGAAGGCGUCUCAGGCGCCCCUUGUCCCGACAACGUGCUUCUCUGGAACGCCGUGAUUUUCGGGCCCGAGGAGACCCCGUUCGAGGACGGCACGUUUAAGUUGGCGUUGACGUUUGAUGAGAGUUACCCGACGAAGCCGCCGCAUGUGAAGUUUAUUAGCAAGAUGUUUCAUCCGAAUGUUUAUGCGAAUGGGGAUUUGUGUUUGGAUAUACUGCAGAAUAGGUGGUCACCAACAUACGACGUAGCAGCCAUCCUCACAUCGAUCCAAUCGCUUCUGCACGACCCGAACCCCAACAGCCCCGCCAACGCCGAAGCCGCGCGGUUGUUCCAAGAGAAUAAGAAGGAUUACAAUAAGCGGGUUAGGGAGACUGUCGAGGAGUCUUGGCUGAAUUAGGGCGGGCGGAAUGGAACCGGAAGCGGGACGCGGGGAAAGGGGGGAUUGGAGAAGCGAGAGUAGGAAUGGGCAGUGUGGGAGGCGGGAUCGGGAUCGGACGUCGUGCGAAGUUUGUGAUGGAAUACCUAUGCGAUUGCCGUGUCGUCAACACGGACCAACGUCGAGUUCGGGUUAGGGCAGAAAUGGUUGGAGACAACCCGGGGGGAGAAAUGGCGAGCGGCGGCGGAGGAAAAAGGAAGGGACACGAUGGGGCGAUCACGAUGAGGCGCUUUUACCGGACGGGCGAGAACGAGAACGCAAACGAUACAGCUCAAAGUACACUUCGAUUCAUUACGUGUACAAACACAUGCGCCCGCCGGGUCCCCACCCCCCUUGGGA